AUUUAACUCAUUCAUGAAAAGUUAUGUAAACACAACAUGGGCAUUAAAGCCAUGUCGGCAGCAUCAUCAUCGCAUAAUAAAUCCAGCGGGUGCUAAACUGUAACGGUACCGCUAGCUGACUUUUUGGAAUAGAGUGGUACAUUGUUUUCUGCGCGAUUUCGAGCCUGUCAGCCGCACUGGGACUAGCCUCUGAUAAAAGAGCCGCGCCAGUCAGCAAAACAUGAGGAAAAAACAGAAUGUGAAAAACAGGAAGGCGGAGGAGACUACCGUUGUCCAGGAGUUUGCCGUGGAAAAAAUAAUUCGAAGGAGAGUCAACGAUGGAAAAGUCGAGUAUUAUCUGAAGUGGAAAGGCUUCACAGAUGCUGAGAACACCUGGGAACCAGAGGACAAUCUUGACUGUCCGGAGCUGAUUGAGGAGUUCCUCAGGAACUUGGCUGUCUCGGGUGAGACUGGGAGAGGGGACAGUCCUGCUCCAGAGCCUGUUAUCCAACCCAAGGAAGAACUAACUGAGUUUGAUGCUGAUCAGCAGAGUGAGUUGAUAGAGCGUGAGGCCAGUGAUCCCGGGGACUGUGACCCAAAGGCCGUUGCCGAGCAGCCCCCCACCCCAGAGCCGGAGUGCAUCAUCGGGUCCACGGCCAGACACGGAGAGCUCAUGUUCCUCGUCAAAUGGAGAGACAUGGAUGACGUGGCUCUGCUGUCAGCCAGGGAGGCCAGCUCAAGGUGGCCACAGAUGGUCAUUGGGUUUUAUGAGGAGAAGCUGACAUGGCACGCAGAAGAGGAACAGUGAUGAGAAAAGUGGAAAAUGCCUCCUUUCAACAUUUCCUCUUGAUCACGCCUCCCCAUGAACACAUUUCACUGUGUGACUUACCAUUGUUGUGAAAAUUUGUGAAUCCCUGCACCACUGUGAAACUCACCCUAGCACACUGAGCCUGUAGAGGAAUAGGAUUUCCUGUUGAGAUACACUGUAGCAUGCUGUUUUGCAAAUCAUUCACACGAAAUAGACUAGACAUAGUGUGUGUGGUUGGUUUAUCAAUGCUGCGUUUAUCUGUUGUUUUGAAAAGUGUUUUAGUAGUUUGCUGUAGUUGUAAUAUGACUUGAAAAGACUUGAGGGACGACAGAAGCUGCUAAGUCCUGGGCUGAUACAGUCCUAGUAAGGACCUGGAGCGGCCGUUGUCAUGAGGAGAGUUCACUCAUCCUGUCUGUGUGUGUAAACCCCAGUUUUAGCGCUUACUCUACUGUGAUUAAGACCAGUGAUCUGUGAGGUCAGAGCUUGUAGCUUUGUUCAUUUGCACAAAAAAAAGUGUAGCCUGAAAUCAGUUUUUCCUUAGAAGUAACUUAAUGUCUUAUGCCAGCUCCAUUAUGGUGGUGCUGCUGUCUUGUUUGCAAAAAGUGGUUUUAUCACUUUCAUGUUCUGUUCAUUGGACAGUUGUGUGGAGUAGGUAACUCCCGGUGCUUAAUAAACGUCAACUUACCUCAAAAAAUGA